AUAAAUUUGGAGAUGAAUUCUCUGCCACCCGAAGUUCAACUUGAUGUAUUAAAAUGUGUUAAUUUCGAUCAAUUAGUCUCUGUUAGACAAACAAAUCGUUAUUUCAAUAAUUUUAUUGAUGGAUAUCAAAAUGAACUGGCUCGCUUGAAAUUCAAUAAACUUAACAUAAGUAUCGAUGCUAAUAUUAAUCAAUCAACUAUUUAUGAAAUUAUUCCCCUUGAAUCUGUAAUUUCUAAAUUUGUUUUGAAUGAUCAACUUAAAGAAAAGUGGCAACAAGCGAUAUCUAAAUCAAUUCCUUUGUAUUUACAAGAUUAUGAAGACAGAAAUCCAUUUGCUGUUAAAUUGGACAAAAUAUAUUUUGAUUUAAAGAAAAAGAAACUUCGGCAUUACAUUUUAAAAUUGCCAAACUUUCCAAAAAACAUAAAAGAAAUGUCUAUUGUUCGAUGCUGGUUAGAACGACUAUUUAAUUGUUUCUUCGAGUAUACCGGUUUCAACAAUCUAUUUAACCCAGAAAUGAUUAAUUUGUUAUUUGAUAACGACAAAUCAAUUCCUCUUCGAUUUAUUAUUCAAAAACCGUCUCUAAACGUUGGCAGUUUAUCUUAUGGAUUGGAUAAUGCUUUGAAAUUUGUUUUGAAUCAUUUAUCAAUUUCUGAGUCUCUUAUUAUUGAUUUUAAUGAGAACAACAUUUUGGAGCAACAAAUGGAUAUUUUAUUCAAUAUUUUAACAAAAGAAGGCAAUAAAUGGUCACAAUUUUGUUUAAAAAGUUACAGAUGUUUUGAGAUGUCACGGCUUUAUGGACUUAUUUUUGAGCAUAUAACAUCCAAAGACUGUUCAAAAUUAGUGCCUGUUAUUAUGUUAGAAUAUAUUUCUGAAUUAAAUUUUGAAGUGAACAAGGAAGCUGAAAAUGUUGAAAUUAAACAAUUUAAUGGUGUGAAAUAUACAAAAUACCAAAUCACCAACAAACAUGAUCCGAAUCUUAAAUUUUCAUUUUGCAAUGCAGAAUUUAAAGAACAAGCAAAUUUUAUCUUUAAAAUAAGAAUAACGAAAAUUAAAAUUUAAAGGAUUUGAAAAUUUUAUUGAGAUUUUUUGAAAUUAAAUAUUAAAAUUUUGUUUUUUGAUUAAAAUUUUUUAAAAAUUUAUUUUAAAAAAUUCCAUGCCAAAUUAUUUUUAAUUAGUACAUAUUUUAACACUUCUUAAUAUAAAAAUUAACCCUAUAUGAAAACAAGGGUUCCUUGGUUUCCAUCAUUUUUUCCUUCAUUAAAAUCGUCAAUUUAUUACAUAAUGGUCAGCCUUUCUUCACCGUUGAAAUACAAGUUUGCCUCCAGCUUAGUCAAAGGAGAAAUAAGAAAAGGAAUAAUGGAAAGAGAGAAAAAUGCCACAAUACAGGCAAAUAAUACUUUCAAAGGCCAAAAUUUUAAUUUGGUAAAAAAUAUUUAAUAAUAUCCACAAUUUAUUGGAAAGAUGCUUCCUUCUAAAAAAUAUAAACUAUUUUCUAUUUUUCCACCUUUUAGUGCGCAGCGCUCGACCGAUUGACCUAACAAAGAUUGAGUUAUUGAGGACUUACAUUAAAAAAAUUUCUC